CACAUUUCUCUGUUCCAGCUGCUGGAGGACACCAUGGUGACUUUUGUGAAGAAGGAGCUGAAGAAGAUGCGGAAGCUUGUGAGUCCAGAUUACCCAGAAUGCUCAAAGAGUCAGAGGGAGGAUGAGGAGGAGUUGGAGGGUGAUGAUGAAGAUGAGAGGAGCAGCAGAGAGAUGUUUGAGCAGAUCACAGUGUUGUUCCUGAGGAGGAUGAAGCAGGAGAAGCUGGCUGACUGUCUGCAGAACAAACUUGCUGCUGGAGUUUGUAGAUGUGAACUUAAACGUGGUCUGAAGAAGAAGUUCCAGAGAGUGUUUGAGGGCAUCGCUAAAUCAGGUAAGAAGACCCUCCUGAAUGAGAUCUACACAGAACUGUACAUCACAGAGGGAGGGACUGCAGAGGUCAAUGAUGAACAUGAGGUCAGACAGAUUGAAGCAGCAUCCAGGAAAGCAGACAGAGCAGAAACAAGCAUUAGAGCAGAAGACAUCUUUAAAGGGUCACCUGGAAGAGAUGGACCAAUCAGAACAGUGAUGACAAAGGGAGUGGCUGGCAUCGGGAAAACAGUGUUAACACAGAAGUUGACUCUGGACUGGGCUGAAGACAAAAGCAACCAGGACAUCCACUUCAUGUUUCCAUUGACUUUCAGAGAGCUGAAUGUACUGAAAGAGAAAAAGUUCAGCUUGAUGGAACUUGUUCAUCACUUCUUCAGUGAAACCAAAGCAGCAGGAAUCUGCAGCUUUGAACACUUCCAGGUUGUGUUGAUCUUUGAUGGCCUGGAUGAGUGUCGCCUUCCUCUGGACUUCCACAACAAUGAGGUCCUGACUGAUGUUAGAGAGUCCACCUCAGUGGAUGUGCUGCUGACAAACCUGAUCAGGGGGAAGCUGCUUCCCUCUGCUCGCCUCUGGAUAACUACACGACCUGCAGCAGCCAAUCAGAUCCCUCCUGACUGUGUGGACAUGGUGACAGAGGUCAGAGGGUUUACCGACCCACAGAAGGAGAAGUACUUCAGGAAGAGAUUCAGAGCUAGGAAGAAGGCCAGCAGCAUCAUCUCCCACAUGAAGAAGUCACGAAGCCUCCACAUCAUGUGCCACAUCCCAGUGUUCUGCUGGAUCACUGCUACAGUUCUGGGGGAGGUGCUGAGAAGCAGAGAGGGAGGAGAUCUGCCCAGAACCCUGACUGAGAUGUUCAUCCACCACCUGGUAGUUCAGGCCAAAGUCAAGAAGGUCAAGUAUGAUGGAGGAGCUGAGACAGAUCCACACUGGAGUCCAGACAGCAGGAGGAUGAUUGAGUCUCUGGGAAAACUGGCUUUUAAUCAGCUGCAGAGAGGAAACCUGAUCUUCUAUGACUCCGACCUGACAGAGUGUGGCAUUGAUGUGGAAGCAGCCUCAGUGUACUCAGGAGUGUUCACACAGAUCUUUAAAGAGGAGAGAGGACUGUACCAGGACAAGGUGUUCUGCUUCGUCCAUCUGAGCGUUCAGGAGUUUCUGGCUGCUCUUCACGUCCAUCAGACCUUCAUCAACUCUGGAAUCAACCUGUUGGAAGAAAAACAACAACAAACAACCUCCGACAAACCUGAUCCAACAGGUUUCUACCAGAGAGCUGUGGAUGAGGCCUUACAGAGUCCAAAUGGACACCUGGACUUGUUCCUGCGCUUCCUCCUGGGUCUGUCACUGCCGACCAAUCAGAAUCUCUUACGAGGCCUGCUGACACAGACAGGAAGUAGCUCACAGACCAAUCAGAAAACAGUGGAGUACAUCAAGGAGAAGAUCAGUGAGGAUGUGUCUGCAGAGAGAAGCAUCAAUCUGUUCCACUGUCUGAAUGAACUGAAGGAUGUUUCUCUGGUGGAGAAGAUCCAACAGUCCCUGAGAUCAGGACGUCUGUCCACAGAUGAACUGUCUCCUGCUCAGUGGUCAGCUCUGGGCUUCAUCUUACUGUCAUCAGAAGAACAUCUGGACGUGUUUGACCUGAAGAAAUACUCUGCUUCAGAGGAGGUUCUUCUGAGGCUGCUGCCAGUGGUCAAAGCCUCCAAGAAAGUUGUACUGAGUGGCUGUAAUCUGUCAGAGAGAAGCUGUGGAGCUCUGUCCUCAGUCCUCAGCUCCCAGUCCUCCAGUGUGACAGAGCUGGACCUGACUAACAACAACCUACAGGAUUCAGGAGUGAAGAGUCUUUCUGCUGGACUGAAGAGUCCACACUGUAAACUGGAAGCUCUCAGGCUGUCAGGCUGUCUGGUCACAAAGAAAGGCUGUGCUUCUCUGGCCUCAGCUCUGCGCUUGAAGACCUCAAAUCUGAGAGAGCUGGACCUGAGCUACAACCAUCCAGGAGACUCAGGAGAGAAGAUGCUGAGAGCUAAAGUGGAGGAUCCACACUGUAGACUGGAAACUCUCAGGGUGACGCCUGCUGGAGACCGAUGGUUGACACCAGGUCUGAGGAAGUAUUCCUCUCAACUCACAGUCGACACAAACACAGUACACAGAGAACUCAAACUGUCUGACAACAACAGGAAGGUGACAUAUGUGGAGGAGGAUCAGUGGUAUCCUGAUCAUCCAGACAGGUUUGAGUGGUUUCCUCAGCUGCUGUGUAGAACUGGUCUGACUGGUCGCUGUUACUGGGAGGUGGAGUGGAGAGGAAGGGUUGAUAUAUCAGUGAGUUACAGAGGAAUCAGAAGGAAAGGAGACAGUUAUGACUGUCUGUUUGGAGGUAAUGAUCAGUCCUGGAGUCUGUACUGCUCUGAUCUUCAUGGUUACUCUGUCAGACACAAUAACAGUGAAACAUACAUCAGGUCCUCCUCAGUCUCUCACAGAGUUUCAGUUUAUGUGGACAUUCCUGCUGGAACUCUGUCCUUCUACAGAGUCUCCUCUGACUCUCUGAUCCACCUCCACACCUUCAACACCACAUUCACAGAAACUCUCUAUCCUGGAUUUGGGGUCUAUCCUGGUUCCUCCUCAGUGUCUCUGUGCUGAGUUGAGUCUCCAGAGUCUCCUCCUGGUAGAGAAACAGUGUUGAACAGAUAGUUGAGUCUCUCCAUGACUCUGUCCCUCACAAACAGGUUUUCACAUUCAUGGAUUAAAUGUGUUUCUUUGUCAAAUCCUUCUAAAUGAUUCCUUGUAAACUUGUUCCUCUUCAAAGAUGGAAGUUGUGAUUCUUCCAGGAGCCAAAUGUGGUGUUUGCGUCUUUUUCCAGUCAAAUGUUGAGAGUGAAAAUCAGGAUGUGGUGUUCCUCUGACGCUCACUUGAACUAAAAGCAUUUGAGCUGCACAAAGUGUGAAAUGAGAGAGGAAGCAGUGAAUCUCCAAACUGCUGACAGACUUUCACACAUUAUUGUCCAGUGAAAAUCAGCUUUUUGUGCAGCCACACUUGAUCCUGAUGUGAGUCUUUAAGUCCUGUUCUAGUGAUGAAAUGAGAACUUCCUUCAUCUGUAUCACUCUUUCCAAAGUAUUCUGUGCUCUUCUGUCAUUUAUGUCUUAUUGAUAGAUCCAUUUUUUAUUUUUACAAUAAAUAAGUGCUUCAAUGUUUU